GGCGAAUUAAGGAGACGAAGGCAUAAUUCCAGGAAAGUCGUCUGCUGAUUUCAGAUAAUAACAAAACUAUGAUGUAUGGCCGAUUCGCCCGCCAAUUCAACAGGAACACGUUGUCUUGACACGACGGAACUAAUUGCUGUUGACCCCGUGGUCCUAUUGGUAAUAGCCGGCAUGCUGAGCUUCCUUGCCUUGCUUUCUCUCAUUGGCAACGUCAUCACCGUCCUCGUCAUCUACCGAGUGGCUGUGCUUCACAAGCCGGUGUUCGUGUUUACGGCCAACAUCGCCUGUGCCGACAUCCUGAUGACCCUGUUGAACGUUUUCUACACGAUCGCCUGCCUGGUCCUGCGACCGAGCACGUUCGUGUUUAGCCCCGUACUCUGCACGGUGCAGACACACGUGUCGUACAUUACGAGCACCACGGUGGUGUGCUUCCUCGCCGUGACCGCGGUGUACCGCAUGGCCCAGGUCUGCUGUCACUCGACGUUCGAGCGGAUCAACAGCGUCAAGUGGAUGGUCCUCAUGUCCGUUCUGGCCUGGGGCGUACCCGCCAUCCUGAGCGGCUUGUUCAGCGGCAAGGCCAGGUACUACCCGUUCCGCUAUGGCUGCUACUUCUCGAUCAACCCUCUGCUAUUCAUUCUGGCGGGAGUCAUGUAUGUUCCCAUGUCCACGCUCUUCGUCGUGUCUUACGUCAAGGUGAUGAUUUUCGUCCGGAAGUCCCGGAGGCAAAUCCAGGUCAGUGUGGAUGAACAAGCAACCAUUGACCGAGAACUAUCGGUGUACAGACCCGUACUCGUCAUCUUCUUCAUUUUCAUGGCCAUGUUCAUCAUUCCGGGCAUCUUCUACCAGAUGGCGCUAAGUUACGGCCAACCGUACAAGCCAGCCUUGGAUCUGGCGGGAAGUUUGGUGACGAGGAUGCGUCCUGUAUUUAACUUGAUGGCUGUUAUCGUGACCAGCACUAACUUUCGCAACGCCCUCUGGAACAACUUCCGGUUUCGAUGUAUUACAUAACGGCGAUCUGUGAGUGCCUUAUUGUGUUCAGUCAGUCCUCGGUUCAGCCAUCGGCCUUAAGGCUGGCAGGUCUAGCCCAGAGUGAGUUAUCGAAUGGCUAGGUGACGUCUUCUUCACUAACCCACUGCCCUGGUCACAGUCCACAUAGCUCAAGCUGUGUUUUCAGGAUAGCAUGCCAGAAACUGAAUUGGAUAUAAGGUCGGCAAUAAACUGAAAUGUUAAACAAUGUGGCUUACUGGAGAAGAAACCAUCUGCUAUCACAUAAUAUACUCCUUCCAGUUAGGAGCAAGAGCUAUUUUAUGUGCACUUUUAUCUGUCUAGGGUGUGUGUGUGUGUGUGUGUGUGUGUGUGUGUGUGUGUGUGUGUGUGUGUGUGUGUGUGUGUGGGCGCGCGCUCGUACUACCUAUUGUAUUUGAGGCAAGCGCCCUACCAAUGUGCUUCAUCCCUCUCCAAACUGUGUGAUGUCAAACAUUUUAAUUAGCUAGAUCCCGCCACUGAGAAGUAUUGUAUGACGUUUCAUAUAUA